GUGUGAGAUGUAUUUACCAUUCAGCAUAUGUGGAUGAUGUUACAAAGCAACUCGUGUUGUGAGACGACAGGUGCCAGAUUUGGCUGAAAGAAGAUAAAAAGUCAUGUCUGCUCAAAGUGCAAAGAAAAAAAGACUUGGUUCACGUCGCCGGGGAGCAAACCAAAAUGAAAUCUCUAAGAAUGACGACGUCCACAUAACAGACAAUACCUUUGUAGCUGAGUGCGACAUACCAGAAGAACAUGCUGAAUCAUUAAAUGUAUUUGCUAAUCCUGAAAAUUUAACAACUGAAACGCAACAUCCACCUUUGCCCGAACUCUCAGGCAACAGACGAAAACUGGGCUCUCGUCGCAAAAAUAAACUACUGCGUGUUGAGGAUGAACCUAUCGAGGAAGUUGAGGGAAAAACAGGGUUAAAGGAAACCACAGUAACAAAACAAAUGUCACUUGCAAUACAAUCUGAGAAGCAGGAAGUUAUUCAAGGGAGUGAACAUGUGUCUACAACACAUGAAGACUAUUUCUAUCCGGCCGCUACACCUAAAUAUUCUUCUGAAGUUCAAUACGCAACUACACCUAAAUGUCCAAAGGCUGACCUGAAAAGUUUAACUCCCAAAAGUGAAAAUCUGCAAGCAGACCUAGAGGAAAAUGAGACUGACUCUAAAGUGGUACAUGACCCUUGUAAUUUAGUGGAGACUGCGCAAGAAGGAAUUGACAGGUCGGACAGUCUUCGCAAAGAAGAAGUCAAAGAAAGUGCACAUCUUGUUGACAUCUCAGAGUUAACUAGUUCAAGUAUGCUUUCAUGUCCAGGAGUAGAUAGGCAACUCAUUAACCAAUCAAAUUUCAGGCAAAUGCCUGAAGAAAAACUUUCCAAUGUGCAUUCUGUAACAGAAAAAGAGUGCAAGGAAAGAGACGACAACACAGAAUUGUUGAGGAAGGAUGGAACUUUACAGGGCAACUAUUUGGUGAGUGAGUCACAUGUGGAAUCAGUAGCUAUGCAGUUUUGUACCAAACCGGAGAUAACCACAAAAAAAAUCAGCCAAAGAGAAAAUACCACACUUGAACAAGCCUCAAUUUCAUCACCAAAAGUGGAGUUACCUACAGACAAGAAACAAAAUGAGUGUUCCAAUUUAUUUGAAGUGAAAUGCGCUCAUCAUUCAGAGGAUUCUGUAAACAACUUGCGUGAACAUGAGGUUAGGCCAACACAGAUUAAAGAAAUGCCUCCAAUUGAUGACCCAUCCGAAAGUGUGAUACACGAUGUCAUAGGAAAUUCUAAAAUAAUUUCUGGAAACUUAACAGAUAGAACUGAAGUCAGUGACACAAACCAAUCGGCAUUGAUUGUGAAGAGAACUGAUGAGUUUCCUAUAAAUCCGGACAUUUCAAUGCCUGACAACAAACAAGAUGAGCACUCUAAAAAAGAAAGCAUCUUUGAAGCUGUAGAGCAGAAAAACGAGGGUUAUUAUGUAUCUGAUACCAAGAAGCCACAAAUCAGCAACAUAGAAGGAGUAGACACUGCACUAGGUCAGGUAUAUGAGACUGAAGGCAGAGUACAGGAUGACACAAAACCAAGUGCUGAACACACAGGUCAUCGGGAGAUGGAAGGACUAGUCCAUGAAAUGGAGCGUGAAUCCUCUUUUCAAACCCUGCAAUCAGAUAAAAAUGCAGCUCUUGACUCCCAACCUCAACAUAGCAACAUUGGCAUAAACCCCAUUGGGAACAGAAGAAAACUGGGGUCUAGCCAAAAAAAUAAAGGAAGACGGCAUGACAAGGACUCAAUGGAAACUAUGGUGGAAGAAAUGGAUCAAUUUGACACUGCUCAGACUGAGGAUGUUUGUGAUCAAGUAAAAGAAAAUGCACUUGUUGGCGGUAACUUACAUUCAAGUUUGACAGUAGAUCAGCAGAUGAUCGACCAAUCAAAUUCCACAGAGAUGCCAGAGGAGGAACUUUCCAAUGUGUGUUUUGCAAAAGAAAACAAGGAAGAAGACGACCACACAGAAUUGUUCAGGCAGGAUGGAAAUUUACAGACCCACUACUUGGUGAGUGAGACCUGUGUGAAAUCAGAAGCUAUAGAUUAUUCUAUCACACCAGAGAUAACCACAGAUAAACACCCCCCCAAAGAGCAUACAGAACCUCACUGCAGUGUUGAACAAGCAAUAUGUUUGUCACCAAAGAGGGAGUUACCCACAAAUGACAGACAAAUGGAGAUUUUCAACUCAUCUGAAGGAAAAGAGGCUCAUCAGUCAGAGUAUUCUUUAAACAAACCGCAUGAAAAGGAGAUUACGCCAACAGAUAUGCAUGAAAUACCUCAAAUUGAUGACUUAUCUGAAAGUGUGAUAAAUGAUGCCACGGACAAUUCUGAAAUCAUUUCUGCAAACCUGGCAGACCAAACUGAAGUCAGUGACACAUACCAAUGUGAGUUGAUUGUGAAAAGGACUGGUGAUUCUCCUGCCAAUCAGAAAACUUCAAAUUCUGACAAACAGGAUGAACAUCCUACAAAAGAAAACAGCUUUGAGUCCUUAGGGCGAAACCAUGAGGAUUCUCAUAUUUAUGAUAUCAAGGAACCACAGAUCAGCCACAUAGAAGGAGUAGACACUGCACUAGGUCAGGUAUAUGAGACUGAAGGCAGAGUACAGGAUGACACAAAACCAAGUGCUGAACAAACAGGUCUUCAGGAGAUGGAAGGACUAGUCCCUGAAAUGGAGCGUGAAUCCUCUUUACAAACCCUGCAAUCAGAAAUAAACGCACCUCUUGACUCCCAACCUCAACAUAGCAACACCGGCUUCAACCCCUUUGGGGAAACAGAAAAAACUGGGGUCUAG